AGACGAAGAUAUCUUUUCGACAAUUCCAGUUAUUGAAUGCAUUACUUGAACAGAAAUAACCUUCUAAUAUUGGUUUAUGGACAUCCGAGGAAACUGUUAAUCUUCAAAUAAUUGUGCUUACCCUUUCGGGUAUUGAUAUUUUAUGAUCAGUCACUUAAAAGGCAGAACUUAGAGUGCAUUUAUCGUCGUUUUAGACUCGGAUCGUUUCAGAAUGGUUCUGCAGAACAGCGGCCGCUACAAGGCCGAUCGCAGUGACAACGCCGACGGUGGUUGGGCCAAAAAAUCAGAAGAUUCAUCCGAGGCCAGACUCCAGAGGUCGGUAAUCAAUGAUGAACUGGAUUUGCUGUAUGGAUUUGACCGCUACAAGGAGCCUGCCGAAAGGGUGGGCUGGCUCAUCAACAUGCAUCCAGCGGACAUUUUGGAUGAGAGUAAGAAGCUGAUCAGUGCUGUGGACUAUUACUUCCUACAAGACGACGGCAGUCGCUUCAAGGUUUCCUUGCCGUUCAGACCCUACUUCUACAUCGUCACCAAGAAAGAAUGUGAGAGGGAGGUGUCUGCCUACCUGACCAGGAAGCAUUUUGGAACGCUUGCUUCAGUGGAAACAGUCUACAAGGAAGACCUUGACUUGCCAAAUCACUUGGUGGGACUGAAGUGUAGCUGCCUAAAGCUGAGCUUCCACUCAACACAGGAUUUGAUGAAGGUCCGACGUGAAAUCAUGCCGCGGGUUCGCAAGAAUCGAGAGCGCGAGAAAUCCUCCUCGGCCUACACCGCCCUCCUAACCAGCCAUCUCGGUGGAGACGACAACCCUGGGGGCAGAGCAGCAGGAGGAAAGAAGAUCAACGACCAGAUGGAUAACAUCAUAGACAUCAGAGAGUAUGACGUCCCCUACCAUGUCAGAGUGGCCAUCGACAAGAAGAUUCAUGUGGGUCAUUGGUACUCUGUACAGGGGAGGGGUUCCAUGGCACCCAUCAUUACACAGAGAGAUGACCUGCUGGAGAGACCGGAUCCUGUUGUUCUGGCCUUUGACAUUGAAACCACCAAGCUACCGCUCAAGUUUCCUGACGCAGAGACGGACAGCGUCAUGAUGAUCUCAUAUAUGAUCGAUGGACAAGGAUAUUUAAUCACAAAUCGUGAGAUCAUCGCAGAAGACGUAGAAGACUUUGAGUACACCCCGAAGCCGGAGUACGAAGGACCCUUCAUUGUGUACAACGAGGACACCGAGAUGACCUGCCUGCAGAAGUUCAUUGACCACGUCUUGGAGGUCAAGCCUAACAUCAUCGUCACGUACAACGGAGACAUGUUUGAUUGGCCUUUCAUUGAGACCAGAUACAAACAUUAUGGCAUUGACAUGUACAGAGAGAUAGGCUUUCAGAAGGAUGCUGCAGGAGAAUACAAGUGUAGGAGUGUGAUCCACAUGGAUGCAUACAGAUGGGUCAAGCGAGACAGCUACCUCCCCGUAGGCUCCCAGAACCUCAAGGCCGCCUCCAGGGCCAAGCUCCGCUACGACCCCAUCGAGAUGGACCCAGAAGACAUGUGUCGCAUGGCCAGCGAGCAGCCCCAAACCCUCGCCAACUACUCGGUCUCAGACGCGGUGGCGACGUACUAUCUGUAUAUGAAAUACGUACAUCCGUUUAUCUUCGCGCUGUGUACCAUCAUUCCUAUGGAACCGGACGAGGUCUUGCGGAAGGGGUCUGGAACUCUCUGCGAGGCCUUGCUGAUGGUCCAGGCCUACCAUGCCAACAUCAUCUUCCCGAACAAGCAGGAGCAAGUGUUCAACAAGCUGACCAGGGACGGACAUCUUUUGGAGACGGAGACCUACGUUGGAGGCCACGUCGAGGCCUUGGAGUCUGGGGUCUUCAGGAGUGAUCUGCCCUGCCGUUUCAGAAUGGUACCUGAGGCCUUCCAGCAGUUGAUGGAGGAUGUCGAGAGAACGAUGAAGCACGCCAUCGAGGAGGAAGAGAAGAUACCCCUCAGCACAGUCACUAACUUUGAAGAGAUUUGUGAGGAGAUCAGGGAAAAGCUAGCAGCUCUUCGAGACAACCCUGCCAGACUUGAGAACCCUGUCAUCUAUCAUCUUGACGUCGGAGCCAUGUACCCCAACAUCAUCCUUACCAACAGGUUACAGCCUUCUGCUAUGGUGGACGAGGCAGUGUGCGCUGCUUGUGACUUCAACAAACCAGGAGCUCGCUGUCAGAGGGAGAUGUCUUGGAUGUGGAGGGGAGAUUACAUGCCAGCUUCGAGGGGGGAGUACCACAGAAUUCAACAGCAGUUGGAGAUUGAGCGGAUCCCUCCAGCUAAUCCCGGCGAACCUCACAGGGUCUUCCAUGAACUGGGCAAAGAGGAACAAGCCCUGCUGGAAAAGAAAAGACUGCAAGAGUACUGUCGCAAGGCGUACAAGAAGACAAAGAUCACGAAGCAAGAAGAAAAACACACCACCAUCUGCCAGCGAGAGAACUCUUUCUACGUCGACACGGUGAGGGCGUUCCGUGAUCGGCGCUAUGAGUUCAAAGGUCUUCUCAAGGUUUGGAAGAGGAAGGUCGCAGGGGCCAUGGAGAAGGGUGAUGCAGCCGAGAUCAAGAGCGCAAGGAACAAGGAGAUCCUCUACGACUCUCUGCAGCUGGCCCACAAGUGUAUCCUCAACUCAUUCUAUGGCUAUGUGAUGAGAAAAGGAUCUCGCUGGUACUCGAUGGAGAUGGCAGGUAUUGUGUGCUAUACUGGAGCUGGGAUCAUCACCAGGGCCAGGGAACUCAUUGAACAGAUCGGACGCCCUCUUGAGUUGGACACAGACGGUAUCUGGUGCGUGAUGCCAGCCAGCUUCCCUGAGAACUUUGACAUCAAGACCACCAACCCAAAGAAGCCUAAAGUGGCUAUUUCCUAUCCUGGAGCCAUGCUUAACAUCAUGGUGUGGGACUACAACACCAACGACCAAUACCAGGAGUUGGUUGACCCCAGCAAUCUGACCUACCAGGUCAGGAAAGAGAACUCCAUCUUCUUUGAGGUAGACGGUCCCUACCUUGCCAUGAUCCUCCCGGCGUCCAAGGAAGAAGGCAAGAAGCUGAAGAAGAGGUACGCUGUGUUCAACUUCGAUGGAUCGUUGGCUGAGCUGAAGGGCUUUGAGGUGAAGCGGAACGGAGAGCUUCAGCUGAUCAAAAUCUUCCAAGCCUCUGUCUUUGAAGCAUUCCUGAAAGGCACGACCCUGGAGGAGUGCUACGCUGCUGUUGCCAAGAUUGCUGACUACUGGCUGGAUGUUCUCUAUAGCAAGGCUGUGGACAUGCCAGACUGUGAGCUGUUUCAUUUGAUCUCUGAGAAUCGCAGCAUGUCUCGUAAGCUUGAGGACUAUGGCGAACAGAAAUCCACGUCCAUCAGUACUGCAAAGAGACUUGCAGAGUUCCUUGGUGAUCAGAUGGUGAAGGACAAGGGCUUGGCCUGCAAGUUUGUCAUCGCUAAGAAACCAGACGGCGCCCCGGUCACCGAGCGGGCCAUCCCCAUGGCGAUCUUCCAGGCUGAGCCGAGCAUCAAGAAGCACUACCUCAAGAAAUGGCUCAAGUUCCAGACCAUGACGGACUUUGACAUCAGAACAAUUCUUGACUGGAACUACUACAUUGAGCGCCUGGGUAGCACUAUUUCGAAGAUCAUUACCAUCCCUGCUGCACUUCAACAGGUAGCUAACCCAGUCCCACGUGUAGCCCAUCCUGAAUGGCUCCACAAGAAGCUCUGUGAGAAGAAUGAUGUCUUCAAGCAACAGAAGAUCAGCGAGAUGUUCGUCAGGAAACCAAAAACUGUGGAACAAGAACCAGAACCAAGUCUCGACAUGGAACCAGAAAGCCAGCCAGACAUCGUCGACAUGGAGGACUUCGGAGCGCCCUCUGGAGGCAAGAAGAAGUCGACCAAGGUUGCCGUGGCAACCAAGAGGAAGAGAGACGACGCAGGAAGCAGAUCAGCUCGUGUCGAGAGCAGCGCAGCCUUGACGGAAUCCUGGGAGGAUGUUCUAGGACCAGCUCCAGGAAUGGGCAGAAAGAGGAAAACGAUCAAAAAGUGGGUGGAGUACCAAAAGCAGAAAUGGGCCCUGCAGGCGAGGCAGAGGAAAGAGCGGAAACGGCGUCGCCUUGACGAUGGGAUGGAUGCCGGUGUAGGGGGUGUUGUACGAGCCGGUGCCAGCACGGGACUCGGAAGCUUCUUCCGACGGACGGCAAAGACGAUGCUGGACUCACCUUGGCAGAUCAUUCAGAUCAUGGAGACUGGUCAUCCAGGGCUGUUCAAGCUGUGGGCUCUCAUUGGUUCUGAUCUUCACAACAUCAAACUCAUGGUUCCUAGAGUCUUCUAUGUCAACCAACGGACUCCCAAAGAGAACAUAGAGGGUGCAAUGUGGAAGAAAGUGACAAGAACCUUGCCCAGAUCCAAUCCAGUCCUGAAUCUCUACCAAUACACCGUACCAGAAGAGCUGUACCAACAACACGCCAAUGAACUGACAGCAGAUCUAGCGGCUCCUGACAUCGAGGGGGUCUAUGAGACCCAGGUUCCUCUGGAGUUCAGAGCCCUGAUGAAGCUCGGAUGCGUGUGUAUGGUCAACAGACAGCAUGCUAAGUUCCUACUAGGAGGGGAUAUGGAUACCUUUGACCUCAGCCAGCUUGAGUUCAAGACCUUAGCUCAGUUCCAGUACCUCCCUGCUGGGAGCCUCAGGAGGGUCUACUUCUACCAAAACAUUGUAGGCUCCAAGUGCAUGAUGGGAUUGUUCUUCUCGACAUCCGCCAAGGCCACAGUCAUCGCCGUGGAUACGGUCAGGACCAAUCAGAUGCCCAACCUCAACUCCAUGUACCAGCAUGAACGGCAAGCCAAGGCUGAGCGCAGUAGCGAGAAUGAACUCCUUCCUCGGGAGGACCAUACCUUUGAGAUCGUGGUGGAGAAGGACAUGAAAAAGGCAUACCGUACCAUUCAUCGACUGCUACUGGCCUACAAGGACGAGAAGCGAGGACCGACUUUCAUCUCUGUCCAGUCUACAUUAAGCAACCGAGAGCUUGCCAGAAGUAUCCCUGCCAUGGAAGACUUCCCCCUUGUGAAGCUCCACAUCGCCGAGAGCGAUAACAUCUACAGCGUGCUGGACUGGCAGCGACAGGGCUCCCGUCGACUGCUACAGCACUACCUCAAUGCAGACUACUUGCUACUGAGCUACUUGGAGCAGAGCCGCUACUUCCACAUUCCCGUCGGCAACCUCCCAGAGGAUUCUGGGAUAGCUGGUGCCGAUCUCUUCUUCGCUCGUCAUCUCAACAAGCACGGUCAUGUGAUGUGGGCGUCGCCCACCAACAGACCCGACCUGGGAGGCAAAGAGGCUGAUGAUAAUAGGUUGGUGACUGAGUUUGAUGAGUCAGGAGGGGUAGAGCUAAACCACUCUGGUUGCUAUCAGACUGUGUGUGUUGAUCUUGACAUGGCUAACCUAGCUGUCAACACUCUACUACAAUCCCACCAGGUCAGUGAGCUUGAAGGUGCGGCCGGUAGCAUUGCCUUUGAUGCGAUCCAGCAGACAUCUCUGGAAGACAUGGUAUCCGGGCAACCAGGAGCGGCUGCAUCACUGGCAAGCUAUGAUGAGACUGCUCUCUGCACUGUGGCUUUCAGGAUAAUGAAGACCAUGGUUCAUGGCUGGCUGAGGGAUGUGACUACCUACCACAAUGUCUUUGCUGAUUACCAGAUCAUGCACUAUUACAGGUGGUUAUGCUCGCCCUCGGCCCUCCUGUACGACCCCGCACUCCGACGCACCCUUAACGGUCUCAUGAAGAAGCUCUUCUUGCAGCUCAUGUCAGAGUUCAAACGUCUGGGUGCGGUCAUCGUCCACGCCAACUACAACCAGAUCGUCAUCUGCACCAAGAAGACGCGCAUCGUGGACGCGGUCACCUACGUCGACUACGUCACCAACACGAUCAAGUCGAAUGAUCUCUUCCACGGGGUGGAGCUCUCGUACAAGCAGUGCUGGCAGCUUAUCAUGUGGCUGGAUACAGCCAACCAUGGAGGUGUGAAGGGAAAGAUACCAGAAGCUCUUGAAGGAGAGAACAGUGAGAAUACAGAAGAGGAUGAUGUUGUCAUGGCAACUCCACCAAAUCAGAAGGAUACUGAGGAGGAGGUUGAGAUGAACUGGAAUUUAAUGCACUAUCUACCGACGGCAGAGAAUUGCCAGACAACCUUCAAUAUGAUCAUUGCAGGCUACAUCCUCGCCAUUCACAAGCACAUCCAGGAAGAACAGGACCGUGUCACGCCCGGCAACACGCCCAUCCGUCGCCGUAACAACCAGAGCCAGACGCAGAAGACGCAGGGUGACCUGACCACGACCCCGAGCCUGGUCGGCUACUCACAGGGGCUGGUGGACGAAGAGCUCUCGCAAAGACUCUUUGCGAUCACCCAGGAUAUCCAGAAGAGACUGUCCGGAUCGCGGCAGUCGCGUCUUGAACCAUCCUCAGAGUUCCCUCGGCUCCCCGGGUCUUACCUACCUCUCAACAACCCAUCGCUGGAGUUUGUGAAGGCCAUUACAAAAGUCCUCUCUCUGGACUCUAACAUCGUCAGUCAAGUGAGCCGGAUGAAACGCAACCUCCUGCGUCUAAUCAGUGUCGGGGAGUUCUCAGACGACGCUGAUUGGCGCGACCCCUGCCUCUCCUACAUCCUGCCGGAGGUCAUCUGUCGCUUCUGCAACCACUGUCGCGACCUCGACCUGUGUCGUGACCCCAUGCUCAUCCAAGAUGGACAGUCAGCGGUUCUGUGGCAGUGCAUACAGUGCCAGAGCGAGUAUGACGUGUCUGCCAUUGAAGAGAGUCUUGUGGAGGCGUUGCAGAAGGCAUCUAUGGCUUACACACUCCAAGAUCUCAGCUGCACAAAAUGCCACCAGGUAAAGCUGAGUAACAUGGCUAACUACUGCGAGUGUGCAGGACAGUUUGCUACCGUCAUUACUCACGAGGCCUUCCUCAACAAGAUGAAAACAUUCAACAACAUUGCUAGGCACUACGACAUGAAGCUCCUCCAGGAGACAGUCACCAUGAUCCUGCGUAUGAACCCGGUGCACGAUGUAUCUACCAAGGGAUGAGCAGCGCAUUCAUCAAGAUGCAUUGCACCACAGAAUAAGCAAAGGGAACUCUCUCUGAACUUUAAAGCCACACUGUACUACUUGAAGCUACUUGCUCCCUCUGUAUAGAAAACUUUCUUCAAUCGGUGCCUGUUUGUCCCUCAUGAUCCUCUUUUGCUCGUGUUAAUUGAGAGCGGAGUUGAUGAGAUGUUGAUGACCUGUCACAGUGACCUCACUGGCUAGCUGGGUGGUCUAAUCCCUUCUGGCUGAACUAGUACAGCCGGCCUUUAAAGAGAGUAGAUGGUUGCAUCCGUAUGUUUGUAUUUCCUCAUUUCUCUGUUUGUACCACUGCU